CCUUGCCUCCUCGUCUAUCCAUCCGUCCCAACACAUAUACACCUCUGGUCCAUCAUGCCCGCUUUUCGUCCAGCCACCACAGCUCUGCGGAGCAUCUCUAGAGCUCCAGCGCAUGCUCGCUGCUACUCACUCGCGGUUUCUCCUGCCUCUCCACCCACCUCGCCUUUUGCACCUCGCCAUUUUCUAUCAAUAGCUGAUCUGACUCCUGCCGAACUCGUCACUCUCGUCCGCAAUGCUCACAAGCACAAGACGGCCAUCAAGUCGGGCACUGGCGAGAUACCACAUGGUCUUCGGCAUGCCCUGGCAGGCAAAACCGUGGCCAUGACCUUCAGCAAGCGUAGUACUCGCACCAGGGUCUCUACAGAGGGCGCAAUAGCAGCUCUGGGUGGCUCACCUAUGUUUUUGGGCAAGGACGAUAUCCAAUUAGGUGUGAACGAGUCACUCUACGACACCUCAGUAAUCAUCUCCAGCAUGACCGCCGCCAUCGUAGCUAGGGUUGGCCCGCACUCCGAUGUAGCAGAUCUCGCCAAACACUCGUCCGUUCCCGUCAUCAACGCCCUGUCCGAUCUCUACCAUCCGCUUCAGACCAUUGCAGACGUGCUCACCAUUUCCGAAGUCAACCUCUCUAGCUCCUCGUCAUCGCUGGGUCUGGAAGGUAUGAAGAUUGCCUGGGUUGGCGAUGCAAACAAUGUCCUCUACGAUCUUGCUAUCGCUGCAACGAAGCUUGGCAUCGAUAUCUCCGUGGCAACCCCCAAAGGCUAUGGAAUCCCUGAUGCUGUACGUGGAAUGAUCCAGCAAAUUGCUAGCGAGACCCCGAACAGUGGGAAAUUGUUCGAGACCAACACACCAGAGGAGGCCAUCAAAAACACCGAUAUCAUUGUAACAGACACAUGGGUAUCCAUGGGCCAGGAAGAGGAGACGGCGAAGAGGAUGAAAGCUUUCGAAGGCUUUCAAGUCACUUCGGAAUUGGCAAAGCGGGGAGGUGCAAAGGAGAAUUGGUCUUUCAUGCAUUGCUUGCCCCGCCACCCUGAGGAAGUUAGCGAUGAGGUUUUCUAUGGUCCACGAUCCGUUGUGUUCCGUGAGGGAGAGAACAGAUUGUGGUCUGCUAUUGCUGCGUUGGAAGCAUUCGUGGUGAACAAGGGCAAGAUAUCAUGA